CAGGAUGCCAGCUGGGAGGAGCUAAGAUGAAGUAAAGUAUUUAUUUCAGUCCACAUCUGACAGAUCUUACCACUGUGCCUGCAACCAGGUCAGAGAGGAAGUUUUAUCUGUGCAGCCCUUCUCCCAGGAUGGACACUUCUCAUGCUACAAAGUCCUGUGUGCUCAUCCUUCUUGUGGCCCUACUGUGUGCAGAAAGAGCUCAGGGUCUGGAGUGCUACAAUUGUAUUGGGGUCCCACUUGAGACUUCCUGCAAUACAACUACCUGCCCCUUCUCCGAUGGAUUCUGUGUUGCUCAGGAGAUUGAAGUUAUUGUGGGCUCUGACAGAAGGAAAGUAAAGAACAACCUCUGCCUUCCCAUCUGCCCUUCUACUCUGGAAAAUACUGAGAUCAUGGGUAAUGUUGUCAACGUGAAGACUUUCUGUUGCCAGAAAGACCUCUGCAAUGUAAAAGUUCUCACUGGAAGCAGCACCAGGAACCUGGCAGGGGUGCUUCUGUUCAGUCUGGUUUCAGUCCUCCUGCAGACCUUGCUCUGAUGGUCAACUCAAUGACCUUCAUUCUUGUCCCUUUAUCCUCAUUUGCAACCACUGCUUACUGGAGCCCUCUAGUGAUGAAUUAUGAGUUAUAGAAGCUCUGAGUUGGGGGUAGUGUGUGUGGAACAUCUUGUUUCCACUUUAUAUAAUCCCUGAUGUAUAGGCACCUCACUCCUCUCUAGGGCUUUCAAAUCUGUACUUCCUGGGAUGUUCUUUUGUUGUGGCUUGCUGCUCUUGACCCUAGAGGCAUGUGGGCAGCACAUGGAAGAGGCAGUAUUCCAAGGUAUUAUGCCAUCAGCAUCCACACAUAAGUAUCUGGGGUCCUGCAGGGUUCCCAUGUGUGCUGCUCAAUGUCCCCGUGUUGAGACCAAUAAACACUUCAUUCUCCUA